UCCGAAGGUCAAGAAAUUGCCCUGCUGGGCGUCCGGAGAGUGGGAAAAUAAAGCACUUUUUGUAUCCCGCCCCUCCCCCGUCACGUGACCACGCGGGGCGGAAAGAAGAAAUCCGAGGACCGGGCGACGCCUAGAACAGGAGCCCAUGAUGCUGCCUAAACCUGGGACCUAUUACCUCCCCUGGGAGGUUAGUGCAGGCCAAGUUCCUGAUGGGAGCACACUGAGAACAUUUGGCAGGUUAUGCCUCUAUGACAUGAUUCAGUCCAGAGUAACACUGAUGGCUCAGCAUGGAUCCGAUCAGCACCAGGUUCUUGUCUGUACCAAGUUGGUGGAGCCCUUCCACGCCCAGGUGGGCUCCCUGUACAUCGUCCUCGGGGAGCUCCAGCAUCAGCAGGACAGAGGCUCCGUGGUGAAGGCGCGCGUGCUGACCUGUGUGGAGGGGAUGAACCUGCCCUUGCUGGAACAAGCCAUCCGGGAGCAGAGACUGUACAAGCAGGAGCGGGGCGGCAGCCAGUAGGAAACAGCAGCCUAGCAACACCCUCACCUGCUUCAGAGCCCAAACCCUCUGGAGCUGCGGGAGCCCGGGAGAGCACAGACGCCUCCCCAGCGAAGGCCUUGUCUGGAGCUCGAAAGCCGAGGGGCGGGUGAUGAAUCCAGCCCCUUCCCCUACUUUGGGAUUGGCUCAGCAAUGAGAGCCCAGAAAGCAUGCCAUAAAUCCGACAGCCCUACCCCGGGAGACUGCAGGUGGCCGAGCUUGGGCGCCGGGGCUGUGCUUGGUGUGGGGCCAUGGAGGGUUCCAGAAGGUCCUGGUGAAUAAAGGCCCAGGGGGCGUGUUCUUGAA